AUGUCGACAAAAGUAGCUGUAGUGACGGGAGCGAAUAAGGGUAUCGGGUUCGCAAUAGUGCGCGGGCUGUGCAAGCGGUUCGAGGGCGCUGUGUACCUGACCUCGCGCAGCGCGGAACGCGGCGCCGCGGCCGUGGAAGCACUGCAGCGUGAGGGUCUGCACCCCCGCUACCACCAGCUCGACAUCACCGACACACGCAGCCUCGAGACCUUUAGAGACUACAUCAAGAAGAAUUAUCACGGAAUCGAUAUCUUAGUCAACAACGCUGGCAUUGCAUUCGGCAGGCACGCCACAGAUCCAGUAGCUAUCCAGGCAGAACAGACGAUACACGUCAAUUACUUCGCUUUAGUCACAACUUGCGAUAUUUUAUUCCCAGUUCUUAAAAAUGGUGCCAGGGUUGUCAACAUUUCAAGUUCUUACGCUCACUUGAGUAACAUCCCCAGUCAGGCGUUGAGAGAUAAGUUGAAAGAUGAGAAGUUGACUGUGUCAGGGUUGUCAGCUCUGAUGCAGCAGUACGUGGAUGCUGCUAAGCAAGGCACCCAUGCUGCGGAGUGGGGGAACUCCUCGCUGGUGGUGGCCAAAGUUGGAGUGACGGCGUUGAACUUGAAAAUCAACUCAGUGCAUCCCGGCUUCGUGGACACAGACAUGUCUUCUCACAAUGGGCCUAUGACCAUAGACGAGGGAGCCGCCGCACCAUUAUACGUCGCUCUAGAUGCCCCGGAUACAUUAAGAGGGCAACUCAUAUGGUUCAACAAGGACAUCGUCAGUUGGGAUGGUGUUAAACCCGAUAGAGAAUUUUAA